AUGAGGAGAUUUUUGCCUAGAAAAAGAUUCCCUUGGCCAUGGCUGAGACGAGAUGUUACUCCGAAUGAGACCAGUCCACUCUUACCAAAGGCAGGAUCUACAAACAAUGCUGAGGAGCUUGCCUUGGUCACUACUGAUUUUCAAGCAGGGACAAACAGCGGACAGCAACACAGCAGUCCCACAGAUGCCAGGAUAGAUCCCUGUUACGGUUAUUCUUUCAUGGACUAUUUCCUAAAAUACUUUCUUAUCAUAUGCAAUCUGUUGUUCACAGUUCUGGGCCUGUUGCUUCUUGCUCUGGGGGUUUGGGGUCUCAUUAGCAAGGAAUCCUUUGCUCAGGAGAAGAUCAGAAGUAUUGGCACUGACCCAAUGCUGGUAGUUCUGAGCGUGGGCUUUCUGCUCACUGUGCUGUGCCUGUCAGGCUGCGUGGGUGCCCUAAGAGAGAAUCGCUGCUUGCUGAAACUGUUCUCAGCCAUGGUGCUGGUGCUCAUCACAGCUCAAGUCAUCAUCGCCAUUGUGGCCCAUACUCUACAAGAUCAGAUUGAAGGUAACUUGCGAUCCGGGAUGUUAGUUGCCAUCGCACGGUACCAAGAUGAUCUGGAUCUGAGGUUCAUCACAGACGAGAUUCAGUCAAACCUGCAGUGCUGUGGGGCGGACAACUACAGAGACUGGGAGAUUAACAUAUAUUACAACUGCUCAGCUCCAGGAGUGCUGGCCUGCGGUGUCCCUGCAACAUGCUGCGUGGAUCCUCUGGAGAACGGCACCGUGUGGAACUCUCAGUGUGGUGUCGGAGCCCAAUUACUGGAUGAGUUUACUGCUCAGAGUGUGAUCUUCCUGGGAGGUUGUCUGGGGGAAAUCUCUCGAUGGAUCAAGCAGCACGAGGGCCUGAUAGGAAUAAUUGUGACUGUCGUGUUUGGGGUCCAGAUUCUGAUAUUAUUUAUUACCAUACGACUGCUGGAACGCAUUAAUCGUCAUAAAGUAUAG